GUCUCCCUUGGUUCAAUGUUUACAAUCGUCAAACAUGGCGUCGUCACCUCGGACAGAUGAUCAUCACAGCGUUAAUGGCGAAGUUUCAGGCUCGGCCAGAUCUCGGGAAUGGAUUAGAUUAAAUGUCGGGGGGACACACUUCCUUACAACGAGGACUACCCUUUGUAGGGACCCCAAUUCCUUUCUUUGCCGCCUGGUGCAAGAAGACCCCGAGCUCCACACAGACAAGGAUGAAACUGGUGCCUACUUAAUUGAUAGAGAUCCAACAUAUUUUGGUCCAGUGCUAAAUUACCUCCGGCAUGGAAAAUUAGUAAUGAAUAAAGACCUAGCAGAAGAAGGUAUCUUAGAAGAAGCAGAAUUCUACAACAUUACAGAGUUAAUUAGGUUAGUGAAAGAACGGAUUAGCCAAAGAGAUAACCGGCCCCCAAAAGCAGGGAAGAAACACAUGUAUAGAGUACUUCAGUGUCAUGAAAAUGAGCUAACUCAGCUUGUGUCAACUAUGUCUGAUGGCUGGAAGUUUGAACAGUUGAUCAAUAUUGGAUCUCAGUAUAGUUAUGGAAGUGAAGACCACACGGAAUUCUUGUGUGUUGUGUCACGCGAGUAUUCUUCAUCGCCUGGCUCUCAUCAAUGCUCAACCGAUCGACCUGACCACCUUGAUCUACACAGCACCAAGGACUCUGAUAUGGCAGAGGAGCAGACUCCAGCGGAAUUUCAGUAGACAUUUUUCUGUUAAUGUGGAAAACAUCUCCCAUGAGUAUUUGACUGUCUGGCUUCAUAACAGUGUGUAUGGUUUCACAGCAAAUGUUCAUGAAAUAACAAAAUAUCUUUGAGUUGAUGCUGUAUCACUACCUUCAUACACUGCAUAAUGUGGGUCAGCCAUUGUAUAGUAAGGACUCCAAAUCAAUUAUAAAUAUCCAAGUGUUGAGGCUUUGUUGGUGUACUCUGAUAUAUACAGUACAUCAAAGUAAAUACUUUGAUACAUAUUCACAAACGUCUUUUUGUAGAGUGCUUAAAACAAUAUACUGUACAAUACAAAGUACAGUAUGUAUUAUCUAUUUUAACAGGUCAACAAGAGCUGGAAAUUUUGCAUUGUGGAAUAUUGUUUAUAGUAACAAUAACUAUUUUUCUGCACUACAGUAGUCAUAUUAUUACAGUAUUUUAAAAGUGCACUAACAUAUUACAGUAUUUUAGAAGUUCACAGUAUUCUGAUAGCUGGAGAAUUUUGCUCCUUGGUUUUUAUAUGUUGUUUUUGAUUAUUAAAGAAAGUACAAUGGUGGUGUUAACAUUCUUCCAAAAUCACUAAUACUCAAUAAUGUUUUGGAUAAGUCUUAAAGCAAACAAAUUAGCUAAGGUAUACAGUGAUUUGUAAAGUACAAGAGCACAGUCAAUCUGAACAAAGUACUCAAAACUAGUGAUUGCAGUGACUUUAAAGUUAAUAUGUAUAAGUACAGUAGUGUCAAUUACAUUAAAUUAGUGGACAUGUUAAUGAGAAAUGAUAUUAAUGAAUUAGAUAGGUUUGUAGUUAGCCCAUCCUCCUAAUAUAGUAUUUAUAUUAUACAAGGCCUAGGGAUGCAUAAGUUCGGUUUGUAGUUUUUUUUGUGCCGUCCAAAAUUAACAGUACAAAAUGUGAACUUUUUUGGGUCCAACAGUACAUAUUGGUCUGUUUGGCAAAAUAGCUGCCAUAAAUACUAUAAUUUUUAGGAGGAUGGGUUGAGAUAGUACAGUACUUGGUGAAUUACUAGCAUAAGAUUUCUGGGCAAAUGUGAUUUAAUAAUGCAAUUUGAAUAACUAGAACAACAAUAAUUGGGUGGAGCAUUAUGUUAAGGAAAUUAGGUGCUUCUUUGCUUUACUUUUGAAUAAAGUAUAGAUUAAGCCAUUCUUGAAUGAAUUAAGAAUUUUGACAUUUCAUCUCUUAUUUGCAUGGCAUAUAUGCAUUGAGUUGGCCACUGUGACUGUCAGAGAUUUGUUUAUUGUGAUGUUCACUGUUACGGAUUCAUAAGUGUAAACAACACAAGAGAAUGUAUGGAAGGUGUUUAAGUUUGACACUUGUAGGAAUUUGAAGAGCGGAGCUGUAUGUUAUCUGAAGACGUAAUUUGUUAUAGUUCAGAUAGCAGAUUUUUUGCUGGAUGACAACGGGUUGGACAGAGGGUAUGGUAUGUUAACCCUUUAGAUGCCAUGUAUGACCAUAAGGUUUAUAUAUCUGAUAACAUUUUGCCUUUCCAAUUUAACACAAUUAUUUUUUAAUAUUUAAUUAUUGUUCCUAAUUUACUGUUAAUAAAUACAUUUUCAAUGGGUGUUGGGUUGCUGCUGUAGUGUAUUCAUGUCUUUUUUUUAAUGCUUGGUGCUAUACUGUACUGUAUUAUGAAUGAUGUAAUGAGUGUACAACUAAUAUUUAAUUUUUUUUUUUAUUUAAAAUCGGUAACCUUUAUUCUCUUCUUUGGGCCGAUGCCACCACACUCCACGUGUGAGAAGGAAGGUAAUGAUAAAGUACUUUAUGUAUGUACAGUAUGUGUAAAUUUUAGGUACUAUACUGUGUUUAAAUUAGUAGACAGCACAACUUCUAGCAAUUUCAUAAAACUAUAUAUUACUUAAAUAUAUGGUACAAUGUACAGUACAGUAUCUGGUACUGGUAUAUUUUCCUUGACAGACAAGUCAGGUGGUAAAUGAGGAACACCAUCCUGUACAUUUAUACAAUUUAAAAUAUGAUAUUGCUGAAGUGAAAAUAAUUACCAAACACUUACAGACUCGAUUGUUUCUCCUUCAUAUGGGGUAAACCCUAGUAUGGAAUUACACACAUAAAGCUCUCUUAUUUGGGCAAUAGUAAAAUGCCCUCCAGAGAAUUACAGGUGAGCUUAAUGCACAUUUCAACAUUCGAUAAUUUUAGUGACCAAAAAAAAAAAAAAAGAUACAAAUACCCAAUGAUUUUUCUACUUCUCUAGAUCAAAGUCAAAUUAAGCCCCAAGUGGAACUCAAAUGCCAUUCAACAAGUUACAUUAGGCAGCAAAAAGGUUAAAAUGUUAAUUCACUAACAUAUUAUAUACCAAUUGUUAAAGUAUUGCAUUAAAAAAAGCCCAGAAAAACCUAAAUUAAAAAUUAUCAUAUACAUUCUUAGAGUAUCACUUUGGUAAUUGCAAAUCACUUUCACAUGUGUAACAUAAGAUAAGAAUCAAGUUAGCGAGGUAAUCACACACUAUACCACACAGGUGACCACCUAAACACCCAUUUAUCCCAUGUUUGAAGAUAAGAGGUUUAUGUUAUCAGCCAAAUUUUCAGACUCAAAAAGUACAAUAUGCACAAAACUAUAAUUAAAUUUUUUGUCGAUGCAAGAGAAAAUACCAGAUGCUAAUACUGUAUGUAUAUACUAUAUUAUUUAUUGGUCAGAAAAUGCUAAUAUAAAAUACAUUUACAGCACAGGUCUUAAUAUUAAUCAGAAAAGUUAUUAUAGUUAAUAUAACCAUCCAAUUUUCUGAGACAAUACUUAACAUAUGGACAGUACAUAGUUUUCCCUCUAAAAUAUGACUCUCAAUUAUUAUAAACCCAAGUGUUAAUUAUGGUACAAGUUAGAGGGUGCCCACUUUUACUACAAGUCAUAACUUACAUAUUUAGAACAAACUUCACGUGCACAUUUAGUAUUCACAUCAUACUUUAAACUGCAAUAAAUGAUGAGAUUCCUAUCACUGGAACAACAAAUAAAAUCACUGUAGCCAACAUGCAGAAGCUACCUAUGAAACCUCCAUGUCUUGCUGCCUCUAUUGAACAAUUUUCACAAUUUCAAAAUCAAUUCUUUACUCGGAUAUAAACAAAUGUUUAUAAUAAGGAACAAAUAUAGUGUAGCUAGAUCUAUACACUCACUAUCAAAUGUAUCCUUCAUUUGAUGUUUAAAUAUAACUCUUCUAAUUUUUAAGUAGAAAUAAUUAGUAAUUCACAUUAUAUUAUUUCACUCCUCUGCUUCUCAGAUAAAAUAAUUAAAAAAAAUUAAUUUACAUAUAUUAUUAGUUUUAUAAAUUUAAUUAACAGUUACUUUGAAGUUCUAUAACAGUUAAGUGCAGUUCAGUACAGUAUAUCCAUUAAAGGGAUUAAUAUAUCAAGAUAAUUAAAUUGGAAAUUUGGAAAUUAUCAUUAUUUUUGCAAUUUUCAUUAUAAGAAAAAAACAAGAUAUGCAUAUUUAUAUAUUUUAACCCCAAUAUAUCCAUUAUCAUAUAUUAAGAAUGGUGUAGCAAUGAUGAUGAUAACAGUACUGUAUUUGUUAUACUGUACAUCAUUAUGGAAAUCUUAGUUAAGCAUUUAAUAGAAAAUACCAUAUACUGUACUACAUUGUUUAUAUUUGAUAAACAUUAAAACAUCUGUUAUAAAAAUAUCUCUAAAUUCAAAUGAACACUUGAGAACAUUUGCAAUACAAACACAAAAAUAUUAACUUAUACUUAAUAUGUACACCAGAAUGCUGGACGGAAAUGGUUGUAAAUCACAAUGUGUCCCUGAAUAAAUCUAUCUAAUGGAAGGUA